AUGAUAUCAGUGCUAUCAAUCAGACUAAAGAGGGUUAUCUUGGUGUUUUCUCUUAUUGCCGCAUGUGUUCUUGUACUUAUAGGAAUAGGUACUGUAGAAAUCAGUAGCUCGUACUAUAACAAGGAAAUGAUUUCUAGUGGGAUCCAGUCGUUGACCGACAAGUUUGAUUUUUCGUACUUACAACCAGGCAAUAAUGGAUCAUAUAACUUGUGGAAUAUGAAGAGUUCAACACUUGAACAAACAGGCUUCAUCAUCGAGCCAAACAAUGUCCAAUUCAAGUUCACUAACCCCUUGGGCAAGAAAGGAACCCCACAAGAGAUACAGGAACAAAAUGAUAAGAGAUACGCCCAAGUGUUUGACAAACAGAUCACAGAACCAAAAGAUUUCGAUAUCGAGUCCAUUCGUCCCCCUGCAGACCCGAAGAAGUACAAGCUUGCCAAUGCUACCAUCAUAGCCUUGGUUCGUAAUAACGAAGCUAGCUCUAUAGGUAAAACCAUUAGAAGAUUCGAAAAGAAGUUCAACGAUAAGUUUCAUUACCCAUACACUUUUUUGAACGACGAGCCGUUUACUGAUGCAUUCAAAUCUCGUAUUGCCAAAUACACAGACGCUCCUAUGGAGUUUGUGACUGUUGGACCUGAGUUCUGGAAGAAGCCUAGUUUUAUAGAUGAAACCCGUCAGAAGGUAGAGAUGGACAAAUUACAAGCUCAGAACAUCGCCUAUGCCACUAUGGAGUCGUACCAUAACAUGUGCCGGUUCUACCUGGGCAUGUUCUACAAUCUUCCCGAGUUACAGAAGUACAAGUACUACUGGAGAAUAGAGCCCAAUGUCAACUUUUACACGGAUAUCAAGUACGAUGUAUUUAAAUAUCUACAGGGUACUGGCAAGAAAUAUGGUUUCACGAUCAAUUUGUACGAUAUUCACGAAACUGUGGUUUCGUUAUGGCCCGAGACUCUUCGUUUCUUAAACUUGGGAAACAACUACAAAUACGUCAAUAAGAACGGCGCUUUCCAGUGGCUUUUAGAACCACAUCAAAACCCCAAAAAGAAUUCCGAUACCGGUGGAUACUCUACUUGUCAUUUCUGGUCCAAUUUCGAAAUCGCUGAUAUGGAUUUCUACAGGAGCGAAGCCUACAAUGAAUGGUUCAAACAUCUUGAUAGGUCCGGUGGGUUCUACUAUGAACGAUGGGGUGAUGCUCCUGUUCAUUCAUUGGGAUUGUCUCUCUUUGCUGACAAAAAAGAUAUACAUUGGUUCAGAGAUAUUGGCUAUUUCCAUGAUCCAUACUUCAACUGCCCCAAGAGCGAGAACACCAAGCUCUGUAGUGCCGGUCGCUUCAGCAGAUGGGAUCACUUGAACGAUCAGAACUGUAUGUCAAGUUGGAUAGAUUACUCGAUAGACGACUUGGAUAAGAUAUACUGA